AUGGACGACAGCGCGACAAAUGACGGCGACCUGCUGACGGUGGCCAAGGUGUUCAAGGCGAUCGCUGAUAUGGCGCGCGACCCCGAAGUGCGCCAGGCGUUUACCCAGACAGAUGCGGCCAAGGCUUCAUGCAUGUUGUUGGAACGGGCCAUUGUGAAACUGGGCGAGAGUGGCGAGAGCGACCGCGCUGAGCGGGUGCUUCUGUUGGUGCAGCUCCUGCGGUGCAUCUGCAAUAUCUCUGCCGAUAACGACGAGUGUCGUGCGCAGAUAUUGGCGCUGGGAGGCAUCAAGCAGCUGGCCGAGGUGGUCCGGAAUGUAGGUGAGGUGUGGACCCAGCCAUUACCUGUCGGACAGGCGGCUUUCGGUGCAAUCCUGAAUGUUUCUCUAGGCAACAGCGAUUGCACCAAGGCGCUAGUCGCGACUGGGACGUUGGCAGAUCACCUAAAGGCGCUACAGCCCGAUGCUUCUCAUGACGUUCAUGCGUUGUGGCUGAUCGUGUGUAUGAGCAUCGACAACAUGUGCGGGGAUGAAAAGGCCAAGGGGCAGUUUGAGGACAAUCCGGAUCUGGCGCUGACAAUUCUGUACAUCCUAUCGAUGCUGACGCAGAAUGAACUGGAUAGCAGUGAGGCAAAGCGGGUGCAGAGGACGUUGCUGUGGAUCCUGUGUGAGACGCUGGAAAAGAGUGCAAAGGUGCGGGUGCAGCUGGGCACCCCCGAGUCUGUUUUGCCGCUGUUUGGUGUUCUGGAGUACUACCUUGCCCAGGCCGAGACUCCCGAGGAAGAUGAGGAUGAAGAUGAGGAUGAAGGCGACGGCAAUGGUGAGAAGGAAGAUCAGCCGCAGCCCCCAAGCAAGCCGAUUCCACAGGCAAACCGCUAUGCGGACGCUGUCACACAGGCUAUUGUCGGCAUUUCAGGCGAGGACGAUGUGCUGGAGGCUCUGUUUGGCAGCAGUUCCUUGAUCACCCGCCUAUUCACCAUCCUGGCAACCGAGCGCGGCACAGCCGACGACGAAUCCACGAAGCAGCUCGACGCAAUGGCCGCCACCGCAGCCCUCUGCCUGGGCAAUCUGGCCCGUACCGACGCUCACUGCAUCAAGCUGGUCUCUAAGCACCCGGUGCUAAUCGAGAAGCUGGUGCACCAGUGGUUCUCGGCUGAGGUGAAUGUGCGUACCCGCCAUGCAGCCAGCGGGCUACUGAAGAACCUCUGCCUCCCUGCUGCCAACAAGCAGACGAUGGCGGACCUUGGGCUGGCCAAGGUGGCUGCAAAGAGCAUUGGCACGGCAGUGAUUCCCGUUCAAGCCAACGCCAUUGGCAUUCUCCGCCAUCUGUCGACAGGCGAGCCGGCUUUCAGCACGAUCCUGGAACUUGUACGCGGUGGAAAGGAGAGUGCGCUGAAAGAGCUGCUGCAGGUGGUCAAGCAGACAGACAUUGACGGAAUUCGGUGCGAGGGAACCCGGCUGCUGGCGCUGGUUGCCAAGCGCGCAUAUCUGCAGGAUGAGCUGCAGGAGGCCAAGGAUGUGCUGGACACGGAGAGGCUCGAUCUAGCUACGCCGCUGGUCAGGCUGAUUAUGCUGGACGGCCAGCGCCAUCCGCUGCUCCAGCAAGAGAGCCUGGUUGCGCUGACUGUGCUGGCUGCCACCGAUGCCAACAGCUCGCGCCACCUGUACGACAUUAUCAAGCUGCUCACCGAUGCUCAGCUGUCGUCGUUGCUGCCCACGCCCGAGGACGACAGCGUCAGCACACCGCCACCCAGCUUCACCAGCACGCUGCAGAGGCUGAUGAAGCAGGAGGGCAACACCUGGGCACAGACAACCCUGCAGGCAAAGAGCCUGGUCAAGCAGCUGCACAGCAAUGCCAGGCACCGCGCUGCCAGCAAUGUAGAUGCUGAUGGUCUGGCGGUGCUGGAGACAGAGCUGGUGCCGCUUCUCGAAUAA